GUGCACUUAUUCCAUUACAGUUUCGUAAUCAGACCACUUUUAAAGUGAAGGUUAUCGUGCGAUAUGUUAAACAUACUGUUUCUCAUUACCUUCGAUAACAUGUGAUUCUCGGUCAGUAAAUUGUACUUUUCAGGCACUACUGUGCAUGAAAAGUUUUCCAGUGAGAUUCCAGCGGUUGACAGUUGACGUCGAGCAUGAAGUCGUUGAAAAUUUUCACAGUGAUAACUGUUCUCUUUGGCAUCAGUCAUGGAUUGAAAAUACUGGGAGUUUUUCCAUUGUCGAGUAAAAGUCAUUGGAUGAUGUAUCGGAGCAUUGUCGAAGAAUUAAUGCAUAAAGGUCACGAGAUAGACGUCAUUACUCCGUUUCCUUUAAGGCACUCCGCCCCAAAUUAUAAAGAGAUAAUAAUUGAAGUUCUCGAUUUACAAAUGGAGAAUGUUACUCUUGACAUAAUUCAACAUUCGAAUCCAUUCACAGAUACGGCAUUUAUGAGUAUCAUGGCGGGAAAUGACCUUUGUGAAUUAUUGAGGCGGGAGCCGUUAAGUAGUUUCAUUAAAAAUACACCAAGGGACAAAUACGAUAUUUUCCUUACGGAAAUAUUUGGGGCUAACUGUUAUUUGGGUUUUGGAGCGCAUUUUGACGUCCCUCUUGUAGCUGUUACGUCAUCGGUUAUUCUUCCAUGGGAGAACGAUUACGUUGCUAAUCCGGAAUCGACUUCCUACGUACCAAAUUAUAUGUUACCUUAUACCGAUCGAAUGAAUUUUUAUGAAAGAUUCGUUAACACCGUAAUGAGUAUUAUUAUUAAGUAUGAAUUUGCGUAUUUCACCAAAUCACAAGACGUUGUGCUCAAGGAAGUUUUUGGGCCUGAUUCGCCUGGGGUUAGAGAAUUGGAAAGUAAAAUUGAUUUGUUAUUGGUAAACUCGCAUUACUCUAUUAACACGCUACGACCAUUGGUGCCAGCCGUGGUCGAGGUAGGAGGAUUACACGUUCAUGAAAAUGUUGCUGAUAAAAUGACACCGGAAUUAGAAAAAUGGAUGAAUGAUAGUACAAACGGCGUGGUAUAUUUUUCCUUGGGUUCAAUGGUUAAGCCUGAAUCAUUUCCCCCUACAAUUAUCAAUAGUUUGUACAAAUCGUUCAGUCAACUGGCACCGAUAAGAGUUCUUUGGAAAGCCAAUAAAACAGAAUUGCCAUCAGGAUUGCCGGAUAACGUUCGCACUAUGGAUUGGAUACCACAGGCUGAUGUUUUGAGGCAUAAGAAUGUUAAAGUAUUUAUCAGUCAUGGUGGUCUUAUGGGAACGCAAGAGGCUGUUUACGCAGGGGUACCAAUUGUUGGUAUUCCAUUGUUCGCUGAUCAAGCACUUAAUAUUAAUAAUUAUGUAACUAAGAAAAUUGCUGUUCGUGUUGAUUUUAAUGAUAUCAGUGUGAAAACUUUAUCCGAGGCUUUGAACACUGUUAUCAAUGAUCCGACGUAUUGGGUAAAUGCUAAAUAUAUAAGCAAAAGAUUCCGAGACAGACAAGCGUCGCCAUUGGACACUGCUGUGUGGUGGAUCGAAUACGUUGCACGUUAUGGUAAAGGCAGUUUGAGAGCAGCUGCCGUCGAUAUGCCCUGGUGGCAAUUGGCCUUGAUUGACGUUUACGCGGCAAUUAUUUUAAUCUUAGGAGCUUCUUUGUACCUUUUGAAGAUUAUAGUCAAAUUGAUUCUUAGUGCUAUAAGCAACCACUUUAGCGCGAAACAAAAAAAGAUUCAGUAAGGAAUUAUUUUUAGGAUAGGAAACAUUAAAGAGAUUAGUCGAUACAAUUGCAUUAGACGCUUUUAAGACAAUAGUAUGGAUUAAAUUAGAUAUUGUAUAAUAUAUAGAAACAAAUGUGUUGUCUACUAGAUUAAACGACGAAUAUUUAUUUUCACGAAUGACAAUGAAUGGUCAUGGCUUUGUAACAGUGAGAAACUAGAAUAAAUUAAAAACAAAAAAUUA